UAAAUUUUAGUGAAAUGUUCUUUUGACUUUUUAAAUCUUUAUUAGUUUGUAAAAUUUCUCGUUGAAUCUUUCUCUACUUCCACCCAUUUGCUAUCUUCGUCUCGGAAAAGCCAGGUUUUUCACGUGCUUAUCUUACACUUUUCAAAUUCUUAGUUACGCUCUCGAUUUCUCCAUCCGGGGAUUAGUCGGAUAAGCGAACGCGUACAUUUCGGAUCUCUUCCUAACCUCAGGUCCGCAGGUCGGAGUCCUAACUUAUCAUUUCACUUUUUCACUACUAACCUACAAUCUAGUUGCAUGCUGAUUUGCCACCUGCUCAUAGUCUCAUAAUCCCAGCGCUCAGAACCAACCCAGUUUUUCGUCGAUUUUGUUUUAGGAACCGGCUUCAAGAUUUCGUGCAAAAUGGAUAUGAUGGCCGAACAAGGAGCAGCCCUUCAGCUCCUAAAUCAGGAGCUGGUCAAACAUAUCGAGGAGUUAAAGCGACGGAAACUGUAUUUACAAAAAUGUAUACGAGAUGACGAAAGGGUCAAGUGUCAGUUAGAGACAGAAAUGAUGUCUUUGUCUGCAAGGCUUCAAGAAAUAAUUGUGCGACUGGAGCAUAAGACAGCUGCCUUUAAUGACGUGAACACAGCCAUAUCUGAAGCAGAGUGUGCCUUUGAUAAGAUCUUGCACAGUUCUCAAGCCUUACUCAGUGUUAUCGUCGAGGAGAAGAACAAUAUCAUCAAGGCCAUUGAUUCUGAUUGCGAUAUUUGCAGCCGCGAUGAUGAUUGCUGUUGACAACCUUUUGAAUGAUGCAACCGUGAUGCAUGCAGGCAUGCAGUACGUGUAGAUGAAUGACUGGUUUUUUUUAUUUUCAAGUUUAUUUUUGGUGCAGAGUAUUAUGCCAAAGAUCAUUUAUGGAUGAGUCUUUGAUACCAACCAGAUGCUGAAAUGUUCAAGGUUUGUGAAUUUCUCCAUUAAACCUGCCAGGAAAAAAACAUGGAAUUUAUUAAUGGUACUUUUUAUCAAUGGAAAGCAGCAUCAGUAAUCUAUAAAAUAGAUGGUUUCCCCCUUCAAAUUUGGUUCAGAUUGAUUUUAAGCCCUCAGAAAGUCAGUCCAAUUGUCAGGGGCAAUCUGUCCUGAUAACUUAGAAAUCUAAAAGUCUAUAAUUAAACUAUGGAACCGCUGGUUUCAACUGCAAUGUCUCAGAAUUUCUGUUGUAAUUUAUUUUCUAACUUAAAACAAAAUAACAAUUUAUACAGGUUAAUUAUUAGAAAUCUGCUUCACCCAGUACACUCUCAAACAUAGGGGAAAUACUUACAAAAUGGAGCUCUUGCAUGCCAUGGAGAUUAGGAAUUUCUCUACUUUAUCUUGUGUUAAAUUUCGCAAGAAACUUGGUGGUGCCUCUGAAUUUCUCUGAAACUAACUCCUAAGUUCAUAAAAAGCUCUCAAAUUUAAGGUCGUAUUGAAAAGGAUCUUCUUCAUUAUCGUGAGGGCAGUAUUCGUAGUCGUUACUUCAACAGCUCCUACCAAGGAAGACCCCUAACUGUUUCCGUUGUGACUAAGGAGGUACAGGACAGCCUUCAGAAAAGGAUCAUAAAGAGGAAAAUUUUGGCGAACAUUGAGUUUAAUUUCAAAGUACAUGUAACUUAAGGAAAGAAUCCUUGCAAGGUAUUUCAAUGAUUUGCCGCCACAAAAAACACAAAACCUAAUAGGAUGUAUAUAACGAGUUUUUCAAAUUUUAAGGUUGGUCAGUACCCACCUUGAAGUUUGUCAAAAUAGUAGAAUUUUUUUCUCCUAUGUUUUGUACUUUUUACAAUGGAAAGUCAUCAUAAUCCCUUGCAAGCUUCCAUUUCCGAAGUUACACUUUUGAAUUUCACUAAAGAUUCACCGAAAUUGUUCUUCUCAUGAUGCAAUAUCUUAAGGCUUCCUUAAACAUCCUCUAGUCACAAUGGAAACUAUAUGGGCCCUCCCUAAGAAUCAGAGCUGUUCAAUGAACGACCGUGAGUUCGGCCCUGAGAGUCCACCCAUGCACGGAUAGGGAGCUAUACUUUAGCGGGAUUGCUGAAAUUCAAGCCCAGCGGUUCUUAAACGAAGUGGCAAUACUGCUGAUGUAUUUGCUCCAUAUCUGUGCAUGGAAAUUUUGAUUAGAUGUAGGAGUGAGCCACUCUAAUGUAUACGAUCCUUUCUACCACAACCUCAAUUUUGAGAGCUUAUUGUGAGCUUGGGAUUUUGUUUCAGCGGAGACCAGUUGUACCAUUGUAUUUCUUGCAAAUAUUUAAAAUAGGAAAAGUACUUAUAUCACAAAUCCCUGUGGCAUGCAACAGCUCCAUUAUCCAUGAUAUACUUUAAAUCCUAUUUUUCUUAAAUAAUUUGAAAUUAUGAAGCAUUGUGAUGAGCACAGUCCCAAUUUUCUUCAUUAUCAAUAGGGGUAACUUCAAAUAACCCUAACUUGUUCAUAAAAUCAGGAUGGUUUUUCACACUAAUACUGCUGGGAUUGUUAACAAUUCAACAUCCUCUCAGUUAUAGAAGUAG